AUGGGCAGGUCUAUAUAUCUGUGGCUGAAGACGGGACGCCGGCACAGCGAGGUCCUGGAUGAGCAGAAACUAAGCGAGGGUCAGCUGCGCCGGCCCGGGGCCACGAUCAUACUGUGGCUGAAGUGUGAACAGGCGAUCCACGACGAGCGAUUGAACAGACGCGUGGACUCGAUGCUGAAGGAGGGGCUGAUAGAGGAGCUCCUGGGCUUCCACGAAAGGCACAACAAGCAAAGAAUCAAAGAUGGCAAGCCACCAGACUACACCAAGGGAGUGUUCCAAACCCUGGGCUUUAAGGAAUUCCACGAGUAUCUAAUGCUGCCGGAGGAGCAGAGAAAUAGCGACAAAGGGAGGAAGUUGCUAGAAGACAGCAUCGAAGUCAUGAAAAUGUCAACCAGACGAUACGCCAGGAGACAAAAUAAGAUGGUGAAGGGUCGAUUCCUAGACAUUCCCACGCGAGAGGUUCCACCGAUAUAUGAAUUGGAUACAACGGAUCUGUCUAAUUGGAAUGAACAUGUUAAAUUCAAAGCCAUAGAAAUCAUAGAAAGUUACAUAAACGAGGUUCCAUGUCCCUACGAACCAUUAAAACGAAAAGUGAAUGAAGAAAAACUAAAUAUUAAUGGCCACUCGAGCAACUUUUGUGAGCUGUUCUUGACGUCGUCCAAUGGAUCAAACAGCAAAAGCCAUGCGCGCAGUGCUCUCUUUCUAAACAAGAACUCUCUUUCACGCCUGAACAUUUACAUCGAUGCUGCGAUGAUCGUCGCGUCGUCGUAUCGCCGUCAAUUCACAUUACGCGUUGUUGACUGGCGAUCGCCAGGCGAGGAGUGGGUGAAGACCCAGGAAGGAUGGGAGAAGAAAAAGGUCCUAGAAUGUACCACACAAAGAUAUGCCGCUAUCUCUAACUUUAAUAACAUAGACGAGAAGCAACAGAAAUGGAAGAAUUUAUGGGGCUUACUUUUGGUUACAAAUUUAGCAGUCUCAUUA